UCACAUCUCGGAGACAGAGAGGGAGUGAAGGCACACUGAAGACAGGAAAGCGACUGGUUAGAAUUUAAGGAGAGUAACUUAAUCGACGGUGGAAGAUGAGGACGCUGUUGUUGCUGUGUCUGUGCGUUCUUGCGGCCUUGGCUCAGGACGAUAUGAUGUAUGACGAUUAUGACCAGACGGAUACUGCAGGCUCAUCUGGAGCGGCGGCAAAUGCUUCAGUAGACGCUCGUGGUCAUCGUCCAACAACUGGGCGAAGGGACAGAUACAACGCACCCCGGCACAAUCCUUCACCCGUUGGCGGUGCCAGCAGGUAUCGUGGCCGGCCCCCCACUGGAUCAGUCAAACCAGCGCCACAAGUGAAGAAGGAGCAGCCUGACGCUGGAGGAUGCACUCAUGCCUCAGAGGAAAUGGGUGUUUUGUGUCCAACUGGCUGUGAGCUGAAGACCACUCUGGUGAAGCAAGAGAGGAACGUCAGAACGAGCGUCAAUGAGCUGAAGCCUCAGGUUUAUGAUUUGUCCCGGUCCACCAACAACGUCUUAGACUAUGUCAACAACAUCCAAAACUCUCUCAGGGAGAGGCAGAGGAUCGUCAAUGACAACAACAGGGUGGUGGGUCAGUUCACUGACAACGUGGAAGAACAACAUGUCUACAUCAAAGACAUCGUCGAUACCGUCUUCCCUUCCAACAUCAGAAUCCUACAGGGUGUUCUGGACAAGAUCAGGUUGAAGAUCCAGAACCUUGAGAAAGCCAUCCAGACCCAGAGGGAGGAGUGCAAGGAGCCGUGCACCACCAAAUGUCCCAUACCAGUGGUGUCUGGUAAGGAGUGUGAGGACAUCUUCCGUCGGGGAGGAAGAGACUCACAGAUGUACAUGAUCCAGCCUGAUGCUUUCUACCCGGCAUACAAGGUCUACUGUGAUCAGACCACCCAGAAUGGAGGAUGGCUUCUCCUCCAGAACAGGCUUGAUGGAAGUGUUGACUUUGGUCGCCGCUGGGAUGAUUACCGACGUGGUUUUGGCAACAUUGCCUUCGAUACUGGCAAGGGUCACUGUAACAUUCCUGGUGAAUACUGGUUGGGUAACGACCGCAUCAGUCAGGUGACUAAAAUGGGCCCCACUGAAGUUCUCAUUGAGAUGGAGGAUUGGACAGGAGCUAAGGUCCACGCUAAGUAUCAACAGUUCACAGUUCAAGCAGAGACCACCAACUACAUCCUGGCUGUCGAUGGCUACUCUGGUAAUGCUGGAAACGGUUUCCUGGAAGGAUCCUUGGAGCUCUUUGGUGAAAACCGCACCAUGACCAUUCACAAUGGCAUGAUGUUCAGCACCUACGACAGAGACAAUGACAACUGGAUUCCAGGUGAUCCCACCAAACAGUGCGCCAGAGAAGAUGGAGGUGGCUGGUGGUACAACCGCUGUCACUCGGCCAAUCCCAACGGUCGAUACUACAUCGGCGGCGCCUACAAUGCUCAUAUGGCCAAGCACGGCACAGAUGACGGCGUGGUGUGGAUGAACUGGAAGGGAAGCUGGUAUUCGCUCAAGGCCAUCAGCAUGAAGAUGCGGCCUUACUUCCCCCCAAACUAAUUGUGCGAGGGGACAGGCACAUGCAUAUAACAUACAGGGCACUGCCAAAAUAAAAGACACCAAACUAAACUGGACUGAAAUGUUCUCAGUUUGAAACUAUCAAAGUGCAUUUGUAUUGUCAUUCUCAUGUGUUCUUUAGUUUGGCAGUAGCCUUUAUGUAGAUAGAUGCACACAUUUACAACUGACUGAAUCAGGACAUGUGGAGUGAAAGUUAAAAUACAACUAAUACUAGUAACAAUGUACCAGUUAUGCGUGAAUGUGCUGCCAUCUGUCUGCUCUUGUUAUAUGUCAUGUCUUCAGUGUGCACUACAAGGAUGAGUUGAUUCAAACCGUCCUCUGCUACUCAAUAAACAUGUUGAGGUACCUA